CUAGGCAGGCUGGCCAGCAAGCCCCAGGGAUCCCUCUGUCUGCCCAGCACUUGGAUUGCACGUGCAUGCCACUUUUUAUGUCGAUUCUGGAGACUGAACUCAACUCCUCAUGCUUACAUGGAAAUCACUUUUCUGACUGAGUCAUCUUCCCAGCCCCAAGCAGUGCUUUCCUUGGAGAUUUGGGGGAUGCUACGGAGUGAAGGUGCCUUCGUGGUGUGCUGGACCCCAGGCCUAGUGGUGCUGCUGCUCGAUGGCCUGAACUGCACGCAAUGCAACGUUCAGCACGUGAAGCGCUGGUUCCUGCUGCUGGCGCUGCUCAACUCUGUCAUGAACCCCAUCAUCUACUCCUACAAGGACGAGGACAUGUACAGCACCAUGAGGAAGAUGAUCUGCUGCGCCCCGCAGGACGGCCAGGCCGAGAGGCGCCCCUCCCGCAUCCCCUCCACCAUCCACAGCAGGAGUGACACCGGCAGCCAGUACCUGGAGGACAGCAUCAACCCUGUGUGCACUAAAAACGGCUCCUAAACCCAGGCUGUCUCCGCAUUCUUCCCCUGGGGAAAGAGCAGCCUGUCUAACAACGCACGCCUGAAUGCAUGGACCGUGUGGUUUGAAGUCUCCAUGAACCACUGCUGGGGUGUUUAAGUUUCCAUUGUCGAGGAAGAAAAGAUACCUUGUGCAGUUAGUGAAAGUGCACAAGAAAGGAAGAGGCAAACCGUGGAUCCCUGCUUGUCUGUGAACAGCUCAGUUCAUCCUCCAGCCCAGCUCUGCGCCAUCUUGCUCAUCUUGCCGCCGUUGCCUUUGUGUUUUCAAAGAUAGCAUUGAAGGGUCUAGGUCAAAAGAAAUGAUAAACAGCGGUACUCGAGCCUCCUUGUGUAGCUGCCAGACUCUGUGUAGUCCUUUCUGCGUGCAUUUAAAGUGUUUAAAAAUGCUUUAGCAGUGGGCUUUGUUUUCCCCCAAGGAAACUCUAGCCAGGAGCUAGAUGGACUGUAGGAAUCUGGGAAAAACCGGUAUAGGCUCUGAAGUAAACUUGACUUAUAACUUCAGAUGAACUUCAUGAGGGAAAACGUUUAUUGAAAAGAAGACUGAAAAGGUGGACAUAUGGAAGCCUUUUGUCCUCUAGGUACAAGAGGCUACGUGCUCUGCGUGGGUGUACACCCGCCUCUACUUACACAAUUCAGCUUUAAAAAAAAAAAAAAAAGAAAAGAAAGA